UCAAAUAUUUGAUCGCCAUUUGCUUUCGUUUGUGGUUAUAAGUUUGUGCACGAGUGUCGUUGGUUAUUAACUGUGUUUAAGUAAACAUUUAUAAAAGAAAUUUGGUAUGUCGAAGUGUUCCGUGCCAAAAUGUCACAACACAAAAAAGACUGAGGGAGUAGGAAUGCACGUCUUUCCGGCAAAAAAUGAUCAGAUGUUUGCUGUUUGGGUGCGAAGGACAAAUAAUCCGCAACUGGACGAUUUGACUCCUUUGCAUUGUAACACUUCCCGCUAUAUCUGUGACGCUCAUUUCACAGACAUUUGCAAAGUAAACCACCUUGCAAAAAAUGCAAGAACAAAUUUAAAAAUUCAUGCACUUCCGACCUUAAAUAUGCCAGGAUUCGUUGGGGACCCUUACCUGGAGGCAAACUGCCUCAUGGAUAAAAAAAGAUUUCAACUUGGUGUAUCAAUUCGAAAAAGUGAAGUUACAACAGGGGCAUACCGAUUGUUGGAGGAAGAUGAUCCUAUCUUAGUGAGAUCAUUGAGAUCUAUUUCAAGUAAAUGUACUAGCAUUUACAAAACACCGAGAAUAAGUUGUCAGAGAUUUGCAUCAGUUUAUGACAAUCCAAACAUCAUGAGUGAAAUUCCAAGUUUACAACAAGUCUUAAAAAAAUUGAAUGAUUUUGCACCUCUCACUUUGGCCGAAUCAUGGGAUAAUGUUGGAUUACUAAUAGAACCUGCUACUCCCAAACCGAUACAACGGAUACUUCUGACCAAUGAUCUUACAGAAGAGGUAGUACAAGAAGCUAUCGAAUUAGCUGCUAAUUUGAUAAUUACAUACCAUCCUUCAAUAUUUAGUCCAUUGAAAUCUGUCACAAUGAGAACUUGGAAAGAACGUAUAACAGCAAUUUGCUUAGAAAAUAGGAUAGCCGUGUUUUCCCCCCAUACAAGCUGGGAUUGUGUUCAAGGAGGUGUCAAUGAUUGGCUAGCAAAUGCAUUUGAAAUUGAAACAUCUAUGCCUAUAAUUAAAAAUAUUGACCCGUCAACUGGAGCUGGUAGAUUGUGUAAAUUAAAGAAUUCUAUAUCUGUACAAAAAGCAGUAGAUUUAGUCAAAGCUCAAAUAAAUAUACCCCAUGUACGAUUAGCUUUGGCUGCAGGCAAAACAAUGGAUUCCACUAUAUCUUCUGUAGCAGUUUGUGCUGGAUCUGGAACCUCAGUUUUUAAAAAUGUAACUGAAGCAGAUUUACUUCUAACCGGUGAAAUGCAACAUCAUGAUAUUCUAAAUGCAGCUCAGAAUGGACAGCAUGUAAUUCUUUGUAAUCAUAGUGAUUCAGAGCGAGGUUUUUUGAAGGAAUUCAAAUCUAUAUUAGAAAAGACGUUCAACGAAGAGAUAUCUGUAACAGUUUCGGCAACAGAUAGAGACCCUCUUAUAACUGUUUAA